UGGGGGCUCAACUGCGAGAGCGAGGCUUUCCCUUGCGGCUUCAACCACUCCAUAUAUACUGUACUAACCCCCCCCCCCCCUGUCCCCAGAACAACCUCCCCACUCGAUGCCGCCGAAGAAGCAAGCCUACUUCUACGACUCCGGCGGCGAGGAGGACGAAGAGGACGGGAGGAACAACAUCGGGGAGCCGAAGGAGACUGCCGUCGCACCCGCUGCUGUUGUGUUCGACCAGGCACAUACCGACUCUCACUCUCCCAACCAGCACGCAGAGACAACAACAUUACCCCAGGAGGAGGAGCAUAUUCCAGAGGCGCCGGCAGUGAAGAAAACCCACCCCUUCUCAACGCGCAACGUCCGCUACAUCCUCCUCCCACCGCACACCCUGCUCCCUCUGCACCUCUACAUCCGCGCCCGCCACCUCCCCUGGUUCGACGACGCCAUCUUCCACGAACUCCUCGCAGCACUCACGCGCGUCCUCCCCAAAAAACUGGCCGUCGAAGCCCUGGCCAGGAAAGAACGCGAGCAAGGCCUGGCGGACGUGUAUCGAUCCCCUGGGGUGUUCCAGAUGGCUUAUUGCUUAAGGGCGGGGGAGGUGCGAUAUUCGGUCCUGAGUAAGGACGCAGCAUCGACGCAAUAUACAUCCUACCGCCUGCACGAGCAGACGCUGACGGUGAUUGUGGAGCCGCAUGACGUGAAUGAGGUGGAUGCGGGGCCGCCGGACUUUUUGGGAUUUGAUUAUCGGAGUAAUAUGCGGAUUAGUGAUUUUUUUGGGCCGCUUAAGGCGAGGGGUGGUGGUGGUAGGGGUAGUGGUGGCGGUGGUGGGGUUGGAGAAGGAUCAGGAGGAGGGGGAAAUGUGGAGGAGGUUACAGAGGUUACAAGCGGGUAUUUCAAGUAAGGGUAGGGAUGGAAAUAAGGCAGUAUCAUGAGCUAGGGCCGCGGAGUCAGAGUGUUCUAACGCAUAAGGAAUCACUGAGGCUAUAAGACCAGGCGCAUGUAGCAGUACGUAGCGUUUCUGUGAGUGGCCUGUAUCAUGUACCAUGUACAUACUAGACAUAUGGUUGGAUUUUUUAUUCUUAUUUUUAGGGUAAGCGUCUUGUUUUGUUUUAGGUUGUAUAGAUUUUCGCUUAGCGGGAUUACUUGGUGUAGUGGCGUGUAGGCGGUUUGGCUCUAGCCUCGUAGGUCGAAUGGGUUUUUGCGUAGGUGGUCUUUCUCUAGAGUAGGACGCACAGUAGGGUGGUCUAUGGCGAAGGAUGCGAAUGCCUUGUUGAUGGCGAGGGA